AUGGUCUUGUCUAUCCGAGUGGACAAGAGGUGUGGCACCAGCACCCACAACAGGAUAGUGAGGAAUGCUGCUGCGCGUGGAAAAGUUGUCAAACAAUCCAAAGAAGCCAAGCCAGUGUCGAAAAAUAGGAAGAAGAGGGCUCAGAAACACAAGGAGCCUGAAAUCCUGCCUCCCAACUUCAAGCCUUUGUCUGUCUUAGCACGAACUUACCCCGAUUUCGACGACGGGCUCACUGAAGCAAAGGUUAGACGCGGAAAAGAGGUCCGAGAACAUGAGAAUAUUACACAAGGAAGAGUGAAACGACCGCUCAAUUGUUUUAUUCUAUACCGAAGUCAUUUCAACAACGUGACGAAGCAAGAGCUCAAGAAAGCGGCAAAAGCAACUCCUGGAGAAAAGUCAAAAGAUGGAGACCCGCACAUACCUUCUAUCAAUCCUCGAGUCUCGGAGUAUGUUGCAAGAUCAUGGAGGAAUGAAACAGAAGCGAUUAGGGCCAGAUUUGAUGCUCUGGCUGUCGAAGAUGCAGCGGAACAUCUGUUGGCCGACCCAGAUUACAAAUAUACGCCAAAGCCGAAGAAAGGCAAGAAAGGCAAGAAAGGCAAGGCCCGGUCAAGUGGCAAGGGCAGAGCUAAAAGACGUGAGAGCAGUCCAGACUCAGAUGAUGAGGACGACGCAGAUUUCUCUGACGGUGAUAUGGAAUCGAUAUCAUCACGUCAUCAUACACCUCAGACUAUACACUCUGACUCGAGGAAGUCUCCCCUCCCUGAGGUGGCAGGACAGGAGUGGGUUGCUGUUGACAAGGAGUGGGUUGCUGUUGAAAAGGGGUCAUCACCGUACCCCGACCCAAGGUACUACGACUAUCAUCAGCCAUCACCAGCGUAUCAGCAACAAGCACCAGCGUUUCAUUACCAGCAAAUGGGUCAGGAACUACCAGCGCGCUCGCAACAGUCACAAGAACUUUAUCAACCUCCCAACCACAGGGAGCCUCCUCUUGGGACAGUUGAUCCAAGAAUGUGUCAACGACCAGGUACAGAGGACCCGCAUCUGGGUCUGCCAUCAUCAACUCAAUACACAUCAACCCAAUUCCCUCCAGUGUACACUGGUGGCAACAACGAAAUCGAAACAUCGGUCGGGCAAUUUGGGAUGCCAUAUGAUCCCAAUGAAAUGGAUAACAUGCUUAACCUUUCUCCUUCUUAA